AUGACGCGAGCUCUCGUUGUGUCAUCGGAGUAUCAGCAGAGCGUCGUGUUGCCUCUCGUCGCUCUGGAGGUGGAAUGCGAGGCUGGAGGUGUUUCCGGCUGGAGCGAGGGUGACUCAGCCUGCCCAGGUGUGGCUGCGGAGCCCGGCUUUUUACGGCCUGUUGUGGUAACAGUGAAAGAAGGACGCAACGGGCAACGGGACUCCAAAACAAUCCUCGAUCGGGAAGGGAGCAGCCCUGCCUCGGGGCUGUAUGAACAGCUCCAGGUCCUAAAGUCUCAAAGCCAGAGUGCCCCGGGGUGUGAGCGGGCCAAGGAGCGAGCGAGAGGGAUUAGGUCCAAGAACAGUCCGAAACAUUCCGACUGCAGAAACAGAGGCUUCAGGCUUUGUUAG